AUGAGGAUAUCCUUAAGCUUGAAUGCAUUCGUUUCCCCAAUAUCAGUCACUAGUCGAAAGUCCUUCGAAAAGUUGGACAAGACACCCUCGACUGUCUUCCAGUACUACUAUCAACUGCAGCUGAAAUCACUCAAUAGAAGUGGCCUGCCAGCAGACAUAUUAGAACCCGUGAACACCGGUCACAAUUCUCUGCGAAGGUACGUACGAAAAGAAUGGGAGUCGCUUUCGAUGUCAAAGAAGAGGGUAUACCACGCGUUGUAUUUCCAUUUUAUAAAACUCAAUUAUAAGGAGCUUGCACCGGAAGAAUUUGCAAAGCGUUUAGAGCUACCGAUUCCAAUCUCAAGUGAAUAUUUGCUUUUCCGCAACAAGUUUAAAUUGGAAUUCGAUAGAAUUUGGAAAGAACAGUGCAAAAAAGACCAUCACGGGCGCUCUCGUAGAAUUUACUUAAGGACUGGCCCUUCUAAUUUACUGAAAGCCUCAAGGACCAUAAAAGGGACUGAGAGCGGUUUCGAUUAUGACUCCACAAGGCAAUUUCAAGAAAUGUGUCGCCAAUGCAGGAAAGUAUGGCGAGACAAGGUUACCAGCGACCAGAAGGCACAGAUGGUCGAAAUAUUGCAAAAAAACAGGCAAGAAUUCAAACUGAAGCUGGAACAGGAGGUGAAAAUACUUGAUAGCCUUCAGAAUGCUCUUCAAAAAUAUUUGGCUGGCCCAAGCGCUAAAAUAAGCACAGCGUUAGAUUUCGAACGCCCUGUAACACAGUCGCACCACAGCGUAAUUGCACUCUUGCUUGCGACUGGGAAGAAGGAUUAA